UUAGAAAUUGGAGUGUAGAUUUAGUUAGAGAUUUUCUGAAGUCCAAGCAAACUGAAUUCGCUCUUACUGACGAUGAAAUACUUCGUAGUUUUAUUUUUCUUGGGCCAGCUUUAAACAUCGCGGCGUCUGUCACCCAGUUAAAUAACCAAAGGCUCCUUACUAUUAAUGAAGAUUUAUUGUGUAUUCCUCCACCGGCAAAUUAUCCUCUUGAUACCAGUACUUCGAUUAGCUCAACAAUAGUAUAUGGCGCUUGGCCUACAAAAAUAGCGCGUUGGAAUGAAUUUUUAACAGAAGUGAAUCGGUACAACUUUUUUGAACAGGAGAUAUUCAAGAGACCGCAAUUUUUUCAUGGUGUACAAAUAGUCGUUGAAACAAAUGUCUACACAGCUAUGGAAGUCAAUAUAUUUGGUGUAUUGAACGAGGUUAUGAAAAAAUAUAUGUUUGCAAAGCAGAAGGAUUCCGACUUCUCUAGAAAUGACCCUAAUAUUGGCCCUUUCGUACCAGAUUACACAUGCCGUCUUAAAAUUAACGAUACUUUCAUGAAGAAAAUCUUGGCAUUAGAAAUCAAGAGAGACAUCCUUUUAAGGGAUUUGGUGGGAUUAACUGAUGAAAAGCUGGAAAGCUUUACAGCAAAGUCAACAAAAUUUGGAGGUGGCCAGAUUCCCAGAAGUUUGAAUAAUUCUCGUUAUAACUUGAGAGUAUGUCGAGAACGUCUGGCUAUGGGCAAACCGGAGGGACUUACCGAUGCGAAUUCCAUGGGCAAACAAUAG